UCGUGUUUUCCAUUCGUCAACUUUUAUGAAUCACCACCCCAAGUUGGGAGGACGAGGAGGAAAAAAAACUUGGAGCAACAGAGUUGGUUGCAGUUUCUGCUCUGCUUAGCCGAGGAAGAGAGAAAAAAUAGGAAAAAAAAAAACUUGCAGCAGUGUUAUAAAUAUUGAACACAAAAUCGUUCGGAAGUGAAAUCGGUGAAAAUCAAUUGCAGAACCUCGGGGAAUGUCCUUCCGGGUGGACCUCUCGUCGGCGGCGGAAUCGGCUCAGAUGGGUACGGUGGAACCACAGGAGCGGAUUCGCCAGUUGGCCGCCCUCUCGAACAGUGUCGAGGUGGACGGAAACAUUCCGAUCAAGCGGUACUACCGUUCCGGGCUGGAAAUGGUCCGGAUGGCGGCGGUUUACCUCGCGGAAGGGAACGUCGAAUCGGCAUACAUUUUGUACAUGAAGUUCAUCACACUGUUUGUGGAGAAGAUUAAGGGCCACCCGGAGUUCAAGGCCGUUCCGGCGGACCUGAAGCAGCAGAACGUGAAGAAGCUGAAGGAAGUGUUUCCGGUGGCGGAAAAGUUGAAGGAAAGACUGCUGGAAAAGUUCCGGCGUGAGUAUCAGCAGUUUUUGGAGGCCAAGCGGAAGGCGGAACGGGAGCGGGAGGAGAAGCGGUUGCGCGAGGAACGAGAGCGGGCUAAGGCAGGGACGAUUGUGGCACCGGCGCCGGCGAAGAUUCCAGAACCGUCUGCCCCACCAUCUUCGAUGCUCGUCGACUCCGGAAUGCUCGACCGGGUACUCUACCCGAACGACUUCCCGUCGGACCCGAGUCGGUCCGCCGCUGGUCUGCUCUUGCCGGAUGCCAAACCGGCCUUCGAUCGCACCCUUAAACCGUCGCCCACGUCGGUGCUGGCCGCCGGAACGCUCCGCUCUGUGACGGUGCCAACAAACACGAUGGCCAAGUUCCUCCAGCUGGCGGCGCGCAACACGGCGGCCAACGUCGAAACCUGCGGCAUUCUCGCCGGAAAACUUGCCCAAAACAAGCUCGUUAUUACGCACGUGAUUGUGCCGAAGCAGAAGGGAACGGCGGACAGCUGCACGACAAUGUGCGAGGAGGACAUCUUCAACUAUCAGGACCAGCAGAACCUGAUUACACUCGGGUGGAUUCACACCCAUCCCAGCCAGACGGCGUUCCUCUCGUCGGUGGAUUUGCACACGCACUGCUCGUACCAGAUGAUGCUGGAGGAAGCGAUUGCGAUUGUGUGCUCGCCAAAGUACCAGGAGACCGGUUUCUUCUGCCUAACGCCCAGCUACGGGCUGGACUACAUCUCCCAGUGUCGACAGUCGGGUUUUCAUCCCCACCCGAAGGAUCCGCCCUUAUUCAUGGAGGCACUGCACAUCACGCUUGAGGACAAGGUCAGCAUCGAAGUGGUGGAUUUGCGAUAAUUGUCGAAAUUCGUUCGAGAAGCAGACGCAUAAUUUUAGGCGCGAUAGGCAUAGAGACUGCUGUUUCUAUUUACAAAUUCCUAAUGAUAUAACAUUAUAUAUUUACUAAGAAGAUUAUUGUGAGCAACGUUGAAAACUUAGCUUAGAAAAGAUGUUUUAUCGUGGUUACGACCAACUCGGAAAUGUAUUUAUUUUUUCUUACUUUAUGCUGAUUUCAAAGUGCUUUGAGCGAAAAUUAAAAGAAAUAACAUCCAAAAAAGCUAUACAGAUUCUGGAACGUGCGCGAGUGUGCUGCUUAAAAGAUGAGAGUGAUCGAAUUUGUUGUCUGUUGUUCCGCUAACUUUUCCUUGAUUUAGUAAAAAAAAACAAAGCAAAACGAGGGAUGCAUUGUUGUGUAGUUGAAAUAUGUUCUCAUAGAAGUAGUUAGAGCGUCGCGUCGAUUCUGGGCACGCGUGAGAUGAUAUUUGCUAACGAAAUAGUUAAGUACCACGAUGUCGCACUCUGCAGAAGCCUAAAAGUGUGGUUGUGGAGUUGCGGAGUUCCGUUCGAAAGUGUAAAGUAAAAUAAACAUUACAAUUUAAAAGAAAAAAAAA